UCACGAAGCUGAGACGACGGUGGUAUAAGAAUCCACAGCAUCUCCCUCCUCUUCUGUCUUCAAUAUUUCCAACUCAUUUCGAAACAAGUUGAACAAGACCACAUUUCAAAGAACUUCUCAAUCUUCAAAGAUCAACCUUCCUCAUGUCUACGAACGAGCCACAGCCCUCGGGCCCCGGAGUCUCCGUCGAGGAGUCGGCUCGUCCCAGUAAUGACUCUUACAAGGCGCAAUGGGCACGAUACGUCGCCCGACACAAGCUUCAACGCGACCUCAAAGUCGCGUCAAGUAGAAUGGAAGAGAUUACUAAGCUCCCCAUCUUGAAGUCGGUCUCGGCUCUCGCUGAUGUCACAGAGACUGCGACUGGUGGCGGCCUGAUUCCGGAGCAUCACGGCAAAUUCAAGGUCGGCAUCGUAGGCGGAGGAGUGGCGGGGCUCUUCACGGCCCUCCUCCUUGAUUGGCUCAACAAGGAGCUGGGAAAGCAGAGCGGCGAAGAAGAAUACCUUGAUAUCGACUACGACAUCCUGGAAGCCGCCGGCGAGGAACGUCUCGGCGGUAGGCUGUACACUUACAGAUUCAGUGGCUCCGAUGGGGGCGUUCAUGACUAUUACGAUGUUGGGGCGAUGCGUUUCCCAGAGAACGAUGUCAUGGACAGAACCUUCCGACUCUUCAAGUAUCUUGACAUUGAUAAGGGGAAUUUGAAUGAUAGAAAGAAGCCCACUGAUCCACCCAAGCUCGUGCCGUAUUCUCUUACGGCAGAAAAGCAGCCUAUGUACUUCAACGAUGUUCGCCAAGUGGGAAAUCCAUGGGAGUCCUCCAAGCCAACUGCCGCCAACCCGUUUAAUCUCAAUAACGGAGUGCCAGAGUGUGAUCGUAUUCCAGACUAUCUAUUGAAGGAGGCUCCUGGCGAGUUGUUCGAAAAGGCUAUCGGAGAGUAUCUUCAUAUCGUGCGAAGGGGUCUCGAUGACCAGAAGGAAACAACGCCACCAACACCGGAAGAGGAGGAGAAGUUCUUCAACAUGCUCAUGCUCUCGGAUCGGAUGAGCGUUCGACAAUUCCUUUUCUCCAACGAGAAUGAAGGAAACAUCCCAACAGGACCAGGCUACAACUAUAGCACAGUCCAAUGGAUUGAGACGGCUACAUUUGGAACUGGUUGGUAUGACCAGUCCCUGACCGAGGCUAUCCUGGAGUCUCUCGACUUCAAUACGCGAGACAACGAAAGCUGGUGGUGCGUCGAUGGAGGCGCCCAAAGAAUCGCAGACCAGAUGAGGGACAGGAUUGCAAAGCCUAAUGCGAUCAAAUUCAACACACAGGUCAUGGCAAUCAAGUCUAACGUCCAAGUCAACUCAGUCGUCACUGCGGAUAUGUCUUUGAAGGUUAAAGACACCAAGACCGACAAACCCAAGGAGGAUCCCAAGUACUUUACCGUAUUCAACUCGACCACUCUCGGCUCCAUGGACCGUAUGGACCUCUCCAAGGCAGGCUUGUUCUGGGACACCAAGCAGGCAAUUCGUUGUCUCGGAUACGGUGCCUCGUGUAAGGUCGGCAUGAAGUUCAAGACAGCCUGGUGGCGAAGAAACCCUUAUAAUAUCACCGAAGGCGGUCUGGCUCGCACCGAUCUCCCGCUCCAGGUGUGCGUCUACCCCUCGUACAACGUCGACGACCCGAAUACAGAGCCCAACGUCCUCCUCGUGUCCUACACUUGGGGACAAACGGCACAGCGCAUCGCAAGCCUGAUUCCCUGUCGUAACGAUCCUGCGGCCCAGAAGGAGCUUCGGAAUGUACUUAUCCACGAUCUGACCCUCCUCCAUGCUGAUCCCGGUGUAAAAGACUCUUACAACGACACGUGGAAAACGAUCUCCGAAAACCUCUCCGAGACGCACGGCUACGACUGGUACCGCGACCCAUUGAUGGCUGGCGCCUUUGCGUUCUUCGGGCCAUGCCAGUUCUGGGACCUGUACCCAGCAAUCACGAAGCCCAACUCGUUCGGCCAGCUGUACUUCAUCGGAGAGGCGGCCUCGGCUCACCACGCCUGGGUCGUCGGGGCUCUGGAGAGCGUUGUGCGCGCCGUCUGGCUCAUGUUUGACUGUCUACACCAGGGUAGCAAAAAGGACACGAGACCGGGCCACAAGGGAUUCGCGGCGUACGAAAAGGCUAUGAAGCUGUUGGAGGGGGACGGUCCCGAGAAGCUCCCCUUUUACCCUCUGCCUGCGGAACUGCCCAAGCGUUGCACAGACAGGCAGGAGACGCCGACUGACGACUUGAUUGACCACCCCAAGCUUGAUCACCAGAAAGAGGUCCCGAUCAUGUAUGGCGCCGCUCUUGUUGCUCUGAGCCUGGUUGAGUCGACGUUGAAUGAGUGGGCGAAGCCUGAUGUCAAAGUCAAAAUCAGAAAAGCUUGAAUCGUUAGACAAGUACAAGAAGUAAUCAUUCGCGUUAUCGAAGCUCUAGCAUAAAUGUUCGGAAAUAGUGAAUUUUAUACGGCCGAGUGAACUUUCGGUUGAAGCGUAGAGUAUGGAAAUCUUGAAUAACUCAAUCGAUCAACUGGGGAAAAGGUGAUCAAGGAAAGUGGAAAGAGCUUCUUCUUCUUCUUCUUCUUCU